AUGGUCGCUCCAAAGCUUGGAUGUGCACUUGGUCCUCGAGAACAAGCCAAUUUCGCCUCGGCUUACCUUGACGGUAGUGUCAUCUAUGGCUCCAGUCCUGAACGAGCGAAACAGAUGCGUAGUUUUUCACAAGGCUUACUCCGGACGUACUCCAGUGCUGGCGAACUUCCACAAGCCGACUCGAAUAUCAAAUGUCAGAUUGAAGGACGAUGUAUGUUAUCCGGCUCCGAUGAUGCGAAUAUUUUGCCUGGAGUCACCUCUCUGCAUGCAAUUUUCAUUAAACAGCAUAAUCGAAUAGCUCGAUUGCUAAGGGAACAAAAUCGACACUGGCCAGAUUCGCGACUUUUCGAAGAGGCUCGACGUAUCGUUAGCGCUCAACUGCAGCACAUCACCUACAACGAGUUUCUGCCGAUUAUGGUCGGACGGGAAAAUGUCAUAAAAUAUGGGUUGGCGCUUCACGACUCCGGUUUUGAUUCUGACUACGAUAUGACGAUAGACGGAGCCGUUCUGAAUGAGUUCGCGGUUACAUUCCCCUUCAAUAAUCCAACAAAACUGUACGAAACACGUGGUGUGGAAACGAUUUUAAGACACCUUCUUUCAACAACUAUUGCCAAGCCAGCACUACGAGUGAACGACGAGAUAAAGGAUGAAUUCUUGAAGGAUCAAUUCCUACUCGGACUGGAUUUGAUAUCCAUGGCCUUGAAACAAGGCCGAGAUCACGGCGUUCCUGGCUACACAGCUGUCCGGGCACAAUGUGGUUUGGGUAAG